AUCUUUUGCUAAAUCCAAUUUCACCAACUGUACGUGGAACCAUUUAAUACCUGCAAUUAUUUAUCAAAUUUCCCUUUCAAAAUUUUGAGGUAUAUGAGUGGAUGCUAUACUCAUUACUACAUUACAGUAGUAAACUUGUUAAUGGGCCUUAAUUUAGGAAUGUAAUAUCUUCAUUAAUUGAUUAUGUAAAGUGCCUUUUUCUUGAGAUUCUGUUCAUAUUAUAAUAUUUGAGCAUUGAAAUCUGUAAGAUUUGAGGGUUUUGGUUCAAUUUUUAGUAUUCCCUCUUUUUUUACUAUGUGGAUUUGCUUGAUUUGAUCAAAUUGAAGGGAGAAAAUUUCUGGGUUUGUGUGUAUUUUGGAAGGUGAUUACAAAAAUGGGGUUUUUGAACACAAUUUUGAGUGUUUUUGGGUUUGGAUUUGGAUCUUGUGUUGGGCUUGUAAUUGGGUACUAUUUCUUCAUCUUCUUCCAGUCUACUGAUGUCAAGGAUCCCGAAGUUCGUUCAUUGGCUGAUCUUGAUGCCAAGGACUUGCUGAGAGUGCUUCCUGAGAUACCACUUUGGGUGAAAAAUCCAGACUUUGAUCGUGUGGAUUGGCUUAACAAGUUCAUACAGCAUAUGUGGCCCUAUCUAGAUAAGGCGAUUUGCAAGACUGCAAGGGAUAUAUCAAAGCCCAUUAUUGCCGAGCACAUUCCGAAGUACAAAAUUGAGUCAGUUGACUUUGAAACACUUAGCUUAGGCACCCUGCCUCCUACUUUCCAAGGAAUGAAGGUAUACACUACUGAAGAGAAAGAGUUGAUUAUGGAACCAGCAUUAAAAUGGGCAGGGAACCCUAACAUUCACGUGACAGUAAAAGCAUUUGGAUUGAAAGCCACUGUGCAGGUGGUCGAUUUGCAAGUGUUUGCUCAUCCUCGUAUUACAUUGAAGCCUUUGGUGCCAGCAUUUCCUUGCUUUGCCAAUAUUUAUGUUUCUCUUAUGGAGAAGCCACAUGUCGACUUUGGCUUGAAGUUGUUAGGUGCAGAUGCUAUGGCGAUUCCAGGCCUGUAUAGAUUUGUUCAGGAAUUAAUUAAAGAACAGGUAGCCAACAUGUACUUAUGGCCUAAGACCCUUGAAAUACCUAUAUUGGAUCCUGGAAAGGCUAGGAAGAAACCUGUUGGAGUUAUACAUGUCAAGGUUGUGAAAGCUAUGAAUCUAAAAAAGAAAGAUCUUCUUGGAGCAUCUGACCCAUAUGUCAAAUUGAAACUUACAGAGGAUAAGCUUCCUUCAAAGAAAACUACUGUAAAGUACAAGAAUCUUAACCCUGAGUGGAAUGAAGAAUUCUCUAUGUCCAUCAGAGAUCCACAGACUCAAGUUUUAGAGGUCUUCGUCUAUGACUGGGAAAAGUUCGGCAGCCAUGAAAAGAUGGGAAUAAAUGUUGUUCCGGUGAAAGAUCUUACACCAGAAGAAACAAAAGUCAUGACUUUGGAGCUCCUGAAAAGCAUGGAUCCUGAAGAUGUUCGAAAUGAGAAGUCACGUGGACAGCUUGUUCUAGAAGUUACAUACAAACCAUUUAAGGAGGAUGAGAUGCCUGAUGAUCCUGAGGAUUCUGGAACAGUUGAGAAGGCUCCAGAAGGGACACCUGAUGGUGGUGGUUUACUUGUAGUCACUGUCCAUCAAGCUCAAGAUGUUGAAGGAAAGCACCACACAAAUCCUUAUGUUCGCCUAAUAUUGAAAGGCGAAGAAAGAAAGACUAAGACGAUAAAGAAAAAUAGAGAUCCUAGAUGGGAAGAGGAUUUCGAGUUUAUGUUGGAGGAACCUCCAAAUGAUGAUAAGCUGCACGUGGAAGUGCAUAGUGUCUCAUCCAGAAUAGGUUUACUUCAUCCAAAGGAAAACCUGGGAUAUGUUGACAUUAAUCUCGCAGAUGUGGUGAGUAAUAGAAGAAUCAAUCAAAGUUACAAUCUCAUUGACUCGAAAAAUGGCCGCAUUCAGAUUGAAUUGCAGUGGAGGACUUCUUAGGACUUCGAGAUUAUGAUACUACUCUAUAUGAAAUUUCCUGGAUAUGAAGCAAGAUCACACAUUCAGACCCGUAUUUUUGUUUGUAAAUUUAGUAUUUGAUUGAGCUGCUUUGUGAAAUAUAAAUAAUAAAAUCUGGUUCUUUAUAUUUUGAGUAUACUUUUCCGAAUAGAUUUGUAGCUUGUGAAUUAUUGUCUACUGUAAUUGUUUUGUGUGUGACUCACUGAUCGUUCACUGUAAUUGUUUUGCGUUAGUUACUCACUCGAGUGAGAUGCAAUUCAACAGCAAGUCAUCAUAUUAAUUAAGUUGUAACAUUGCUGCUA